AUGUCGGUGCUGUUCGGGCGCAAGACUGCAGGGACGAAACUGAGCGCGAUCAACUACGCGCGAGGCCUGGUGGUAUCGCUCUACAUUGUCUCGUGGUCGUUCUCACUGAUGGCCGCUAUGUUGGUGCAGACCAACAAUUUCAAUGAGGUUUCAUGCACCAUGUCCAUAUACUUGUGCAUCAUCCUGUAUGCGUGCAGCAAGAUCAUUAUCUAUUUGUUCCUGAUGGAGAAGGUCUACGUUGUCACAGCCGUCGGCACCACCCGCUCCAAAUUUACACUCUACCGCAUUAACCUCGCUAUGCUAUUCCCGUAUUUCGGAAUCUUCUGUCUCAUGAUCAUCUACCGUGUCUCUGAACUCCAAAUCGACGGUCAAUGCCAGAUCGGCCUUUUGCCCCCGGCCUCCGUGACCCUGAUCCUGUACGACAUCUUGAUCUCGAGUUGGUUAACCAUACUCUUCAUCCGUCCCCUCAUGUCCCCGACCUCGGUGCUCCAAGGUCCCUCCAAGGGAAAGCUCCGCGAUGUGGCACGACGGACGCUGAUGGGUUCCCUGGUCGCGUUGGCACUCAGCACAGCGAACGUACUCACGCUGGUGCUCUUCAAGGGUCAAGAGCGCGGUCUGAUCUGUCUCGCCUCCUGCACCGUGGACGUGACAUUGAACGCGAUAAGUAUUCACUGGGUGACCUCCCGCGGUGGUAAUGGACGGUCGUCCGGCAACAACCUCGACCGGACCUCGGGCGAUCGUCGACACCCACUGAGCACACAAAUAGCCUCUGAGAAGCAGGUCGCGCCGCUUGAAUCCCACAUCUCCGUCACUGUCGAGAGUUAUGUGGAACAGUUUCAUCAGCAAACAAACACUGGAAACGCCAGCUCACCUAGUUAUUGA